UCGGAGGGCGCCGCUGCCCCAGACCCCCCAGCGGCAGGCACGGGCGGGGCCGUGGCGCGAGUGGGGGUCGCGAGGCGGAAUCCUGGCGGCGGGCGCGCGCGCGCCCCCUGGCUCCUCGGCGUCGGGACCGGACCAUGGCGGCGGCGGCCGCUCGGCGGCCCUGGGCCCUGCUGCGUCUGCUGGCGGCCGUUCUGCUCUUCCCCGGGGCUGCCGCACUGCAGUGUUACUGCCACCUCUGCACAAAGGACAACUUCACCUGUGUGACAGAUGGGCUAUGCUUCACCUCAGUGACACGGACGGCAGACAAGGUCAUCCACAACAGCAUGUGCAUAGCAGAGAUCGACCUGAUCCCUCGGGACAGGCCCUUCGUCUGCGCCUCCUCCUCUAGGGAUGGGGUCAUCACUGUGCCUCACUGCUGUGACAGAGACCACUGCAACAAAAUAGAGCUCCCCAUCCCAACACCAGGCCCUACUCCAGGAAAAGCAGCUUCCAAUCUAGGACCCGUGGAACUGGCUGCUGUGAUUGCUGGACCUGUUUGUUUUGUCUGCAUUUCACUGAUGUUGAUCCUGUACCUGUGCCACAACCGGACUGUCAUCCACCACCGCGUGCCAAGCGAAGAGGAUCCCUCCCUGGAUCGCCCUUUUAUAUCAGAGGGAACUACCUUAAAGGAUUUAAUUUAUGAUAUGACAACUUCAGGCUCUGGCUCAGGUUUACCUUUACUUGUGCAAAGAACAAUUGCAAGAACUAUAGUGCUGCAGGAAAGCAUUGGGAAGGGUCGCUUCGGAGAGGUUUGGCGUGGGAAGUGGCGAGGGGAAGAGGUUGCUGUGAAGAUCUUCUCCUCCAGAGAGGAGCGCUCCUGGUUCCGAGAGGCAGAAAUCUACCAAACAGUCAUGCUGAGGCAUGAGAACAUCCUGGGGUUCAUAGCUGCAGACAACAAAGACAAUGGUACAUGGACUCAGCUGUGGUUGGUGUCAGACUAUCACGAGCACGGAUCACUCUUUGAUUACCUCAAUAGGUACACAGUGACAGUGGAAGGAAUGAUCAAACUGGCUCUGUCCACUGCCAGUGGCCUUGCUCAUCUUCACAUGGAAAUUGUUGGCACACAAGGCAAACCAGCAAUUGCCCACAGAGAUCUGAAAUCCAAAAACAUCUUGGUCAAGAAAAACGGAACCUGCUGCAUCGCAGACCUGGGGCUGGCAGUGCGGCACGACUCAGCCACUGACACCAUCGACAUCGCCCCCAACCACAGAGUGGGGACAAAGAGGUAUAUGGCCCCCGAGGUGCUGGAUGAUUCCAUCAACAUGAAGCACUUUGAGUCCUUCAAGCGAGCAGACAUCUAUGCCAUGGGCUUGGUGUUCUGGGAGAUCGCUCGGCGCUGCUCCAUUGGGGGAAUCCAUGAGGACUACCAGCUGCCGUACUAUGACCUCGUUCCUUCAGACCCUUCUGUUGAAGAGAUGAGGAAGGUUGUGUGCGAGCAGAAGCUAAGGCCCAACAUUCCAAACAGAUGGCAGAGCUGUGAGGCUCUGCGGGUGAUGGCCAAGAUCAUGCGCGAGUGCUGGUACGCCAAUGGGGCCGCCCGGCUGACGGCGCUGCGCAUCAAGAAGACGCUGUCGCAACUCAGUCAACAGGAGGGGAUCAAGAUGUGACCCUGGGUUUGCCCCGAGGGAACACUGUCACACGCCCCCACUGGAGUGGCUGUGAAGAGGAUCAAUUGUUCUACCUCACUGGGGGAACAGAAGGAUAUUGCUGCCUUUUAGUACUUAUAGGAACAUCACUUGGUAGGAUCUUUGUGGAUGUGCUGAGCAGUUGUGUCGGGUCCUUUCUGUGCACUAUGAGCCUCUUUCCUGGGUUCUUUACAAAGCAUCGUGUAGUCUGGUCUUGGUUUUAUUAACGUCUGAUGUUGUAUUUGGAAGGUCGAUGGCUGGUCUUAACUCGCAGCUAAUCCUGCUAAAGACAGGAGGUCGCUGUUACAGCCCAGCUGGUUCCCAGCAGUGUCCUAGAAGGUGCGGAUGGCUCCGGAGGCAGCUUCACUCCUGGCUGGUACAGUGACUCUCCUGUCACAGCUCUGGGAUUCAGUGUGAGUGUGCUGAUGGAGUUGCUUUGAUAGUUGUUCAGGUAAUUCAUCUCUUGGGCUCUUACCUUGAUUUGCAAACUGACCUUGCUCAGUAGCAGGAACAUGACUUAUGCAACUACACCUGAUUGCUGGGAGGUUCCCACUUUCUCAGAACAUCACCUUGCCUUCAGACCAGAUUGUAUUGUACCAGAAAGUGCCACUUUGGAGCCUCUUCCUGUGCAGCAGCAGGAGCAGACCAAGCCUAUGGUACACUUGGUUUCGCAAACACAUUUAAAAUCGGCUGUUCCUUUGUCUAGCUAAAAAUCUGAGUCAUGUUCAUUUCAGUGAGUCCAUAAUCCAUGGAGUAUCUUUAAUUUCACCAAAGUCUGACUCUAAACCACUGUAGUAGUUUUAAAUAGUGUAAGCUACUUAACUAACUGUCUUAUUUUGUAAUUGUCAAAUCACGAAUCCUAGUUUUAUAUAAGAUUUUUACCAUGGUACUCCUGAAAUGCUUGGAGUACCUGCCUGCUUCAGAAAAGCAGAGAGGGGUAAGAGGUUCUUAAGGGAGACUUCUCUCCGUGAAAUCAAACGCAAAGAGCGUGUUUUCUGUGCAGUUCUGCAGAGCCUUAGGGCUGAGAGAACAGUAUUUGCAGUUAAACAAGGAUCAACUGCACCUGUAAAGAGGGUGAAGUUAUUUGAGCUUUUGCACUUGAAAGUUCAAAGCUGCUUAUAAAUUUUCUGUGCAUAUCUUUUGCAUGUGCCUCAUACACAGAAAAUGGUGAGCUGCAGCUCUUUGGGUACGAACACCAGAGGAUUCCAGCAAUCCUCUUCAUAGUGACAAGAACAAAGCUUGUGGGGACUUGUGUUGUAAGAACACAGAGGAGUAUGCAUGGCUUUAGUCAAGAUUUGCCCGAGACUUUGAAGGACAUCACAGGAUUUUCACAAACUGCUUUUAAACCGAAAACAUUUCUGAUGGAGAGUGGGGGAAUUAAUAUGGAGAAUUCUCUGUGAAGAACUUUCUGUUGCUAGGGUAUUUACUCUUCAGUUGCAGUUUUAGGAAGAGACUGGUUGGCCUUCUGAUUUCAUUAAUACCCAAAGCACUCAGUAGCGUUUCAGUGCCUGGCAAUUCAUGUACCAACUCUUACUCUCAGAGCACAUCACUGUCCAUCCAACUCAGAGAGCAGCCUUUACUGUGCUCUCUUUCCCUCAGCAUCCAGCCCUCUUGAGUUUUUCAGAGCUAGGAGCAGUGCAGGGUGGUUGCUAACAGGAGCAUAGCUGAUCCUUCCUCACAGUUUGCAGUGAAAGCAGAAGGGUGGGUGAGCCUAGUAAGAAGGAGCUGUGUGGUGAAACAAGACUUGAGCAAGGGAAGCACCUGGCUGACUCUUCCACACCUCCACAUCCUCAGUGCUCUCUUGAAGAUGGGUUUAGGGAACUGCAUCAUCCAGAGGCUGCACUGCAGGUAAUUAAAUGCUUUAUUCCUGCCUCCUGUAGGAGCUGGGUUUGCAAGGUGCAGCUGUUGCGCUCACGCUUGUUUGGCAUUGUCUGAGUACUCAGGCUUAGUGCUUCAGGCCUCUGUCAAAGCUGGGUCGGAAAUGACGUCUUGCAGGUACUUGCAGUGCACUGUUGCCUUUGUGCAAGUGUGCACACAGCAGUUGUGGCUGUUCUGAAGAACGGUUGGAGUAAACUCUCAGGUCUGUCUGCUUGAUGUGCCUCAAACAAGCUUUGUGUGUCUAGAGAAGUAUUGAAACUAAGCAGGUCAGCAUCAGAAUAGAAUUUACUAUACUGACAUACUAAUGUCAGAGGCCUCUUUGUAAAACAGCUUUGUCAGAUCUAGAGCUGUUCAUAGGUGUAGCUGGACCUUUGAACACGUUAAAAUGAUGCUGUUGAUACUUUAGAGACAUCAGGUUAUUGGCAUGCUUUCAGGUUUUUAUAGUCAUCUGGAAGAUAACAUGAGAGAGCUCCCAACAUAGUUCACAAAUAAUUCCAUUAGUAGCUUUUCUAAGCCCCACCAAAACCUUAGCACCCUAAGGGUCAGUUUCCUAAAAUGCAAGUUGCACCUAGAGGAGAGUGCAAAGCAGGCACGCAGGUUGUGCAGCCAGCUCUGCAGUGCCUCUUGCCUCAGUCACUGGUCUGCUCUCUCUCCUGAACUGGUAGCAGCUGCUCUUACGUGGUUCUGCUUCUCAGCUGUGUAGUAGAAGCUUGUGAAAGCAGCGUGGGGAAGAUGCUUGUUGCAGGGUGUGACACCAGGAAGGUGUCCCACCCCAGUGGGAACACAGCACAGCGAGAUCCUGAGUAGAGCUGUCUGUAUCCUGGGUUCUGACACCACAGCUUGGAGCUUUGUUGUUCUUUUCCAUGAUACUAACUGAACACCUUUUACAAAGGCUGUGUCUGUAUAUAUUAUGUACCUUUGAAUGUUACCUGUGUGAGAUCAUAUCUUCUCUAUAUGGGCACAGGUACACCGAAGUAUUUUUUGAAUUAAGAUUGUAAAAUCAGCAGAUCUGCUCUUGGAAAUCCAGGGGGACCAAAAUAUUUUAGCAUUCAAGAUAUUAAUUUUGUAUCAUUUCAAGUAUAUACCAAAACAGUUUCUGAUGAAUACUGAUGCAAAUGUUUAUUGUAAAUAUUACAAACCUGAUGUAUUGAGAUGUGUGGAUUUUGUCAGUCUGACAUUUCAGUGGCGUCGAAGCCUCAGUUUGGUUUACAGACUCGUGGUGUGGACAGGUAGAAUGUGGACAUGGAGAAUGAGGAGCACUGGAGGUAGCCUGAUAAUGAAAAGCCCAAAACACUGGUUUUGGAGUGCUGGAAUUCUUCAGGGACCUUCCAUCCCCAACGCUGGAGUUUUGGGCUGUUUCUCAAGCUGACUUGCCAAGCGUGACAGGCCGUCCCCUGCAGGAGCUCCACUGUGCUCCCAAGUGAGACUCUGUACAUAGGGAGAGAUGUGGGGCCUGCCUGUGUGGGACAAGAAGGUGUCAAAUGACAGAGGCUGUUCUAUUCCUUUCAGUGCUGGUUCUGAGUGUGACUGCCAUGAAAUUCACCUUUUAGUUAGUUCCUUCUUUCUGUUGUGCCAUCCAAAUGCUUGCAAGGCAUUGAGUCGUUCCGUGUUUUAAAAGCAAAAUAAAGUUCACCAUAUCAGUUGCUUUAAACUCAAAUUACCUCUGAAGAGACCAAGGUACAUUUUACCUCGUGUAUAUAGUGUGUGUUUUCCAGAGCACUCUCUGGGCCUGCAGUUUCACGUUCCUAGAAAGGUGGCUGUGAUGAAGCCCACAAGGUCAGCGGUACUCACUGUAUUGUCUGGUGCCCCAAACACUUCAAUUUCGUGUUGUAUUGUAUUGGCAAGUUCGCUGCUCUGUCACUGUAGCACCUGCCCUUGCAUAGCUGUGUGAAUACUGCCUUGUAAAUGUUAACCUCUGGGGUGAGCUGAGGAUCCUGUACAGAAGAGUGUCACUUUUUAAAAGCCUCCCCAUCUGCGCAUUUCCCUCCUGACCCGAUGUGUUGUGUUUGUAGAGGGUGCAUCGCCGUGGGCUGUGCAUAGCACAGCAGAGGAGCGGGUGCUCGUGUUAAGUGCUUACACUACAGUAGAGAGAUGGAAGCAGUGGAAAUAAACAAGUUUUGUUUUUUUUCA